GGCGCCCUCCCUCCCGCCGGCAGCAUGAGCCCGUCCUUCCUCUUCCUCCUCCUCCUCCUCCUCGCCUUGCCCGCCCGCGGCCGGCGAGAGCAGGUGCCCGGCGGGGCGCAGCCGGGGCCGGCGGGCCGCAACGCCCCCGCGCCUUCCUCUUCCUCCUCUUCCUUGUCCUCCUCCUCCUCCUCCUCCUCCUCCUCCUCGGCGGCGGGGCCGAGCCGCUUCCCGCGGAGCCGCCCCGGGCGGCGGCGGGGCCGGCUGUACUGCCGGGUGGGCAUCGGCUUCCACCUCCAGCUGCACCCCGACGGCCGGGUGGACGGCGCCCACGAUGCAAGCCCGCUCAGUAUUUUGGAAAUAUUUGCUGUGUCUCAGGGGAUUGUAGGAAUACGAGGAGUUUUCAGCAACAAAUUUUUAGCGAUGUCAAAAAAAGGAAAACUCCAUGCAAGUGCCCGGUUCACGGCAGACUGCCAGUUUCGGGAGCGCUUCCAGGAGAACAGCUACAACACCUACGCCUCGGCCGUCCACCGCAGCCCGCGCUCGGGCCGACAGUGGUACGUGGCGCUCAACAAGAGGGGCAAAGCCAAGCGGGGCUGCAGCCCCCGCGCCCGGCCCCAGCAUGUCUCCACUCACUUCCUCCCCCGUUUUUGGCAGCCCCAGCCUCCCGAGCUCGCCUUCACCGUCACCCUGCCCGAAAAGAAGGCCCCGCCGCCACCGAAACCGAAGGUCGCCCCAUCCCUGCCUCGGAAAAACCCCGGCCCCGUCAAGUACCGGCUGAAGUUUCGCUUUGGGUAGUGUGCCAUGGCAGGGAUGCCGGCGCAGGAGAGACCGGGCGCCUGGGCAGCGUUUGGGGGUGAUGCUGUGGGAGACCUGAGCUCCCCCCCUCCAGGUGGAUGUGGGGAAGCUCUGGGGUAGCCGGGUUGGGCUCGGGGUCUUUUCUUCACCCCACCAGCCGGACAGCAUCCUCAGAGGUGUGCUCUGGGACAACGUAACUUGGGUUUUCCAAAGAGUAUUCCUGUGGUGAACAGAAAACACUUGAUGGACCUCGGGUUAAUUUUCUGUUGUUGAACGAAGCAGAAAGUACCUCUACGGUGAACAUAUUUUCUUACCUUAUUUUCACUAGUGACUCUUUUGACAAUCAUUUUCAUAUAAGAGAUAUGUUCAGAGCCAACCGAUUAAGUGGAUUUCUUCCUUCCUUUUUUUUUUUUUUUUUUUUUUUUUUGCAUUUCCUUUUUGCUGCACUUUUUUCCUCUGACCAUACCUCAAACACUGUAUACCCAGGCCUCCCCUUUCCCCUUCUCUUACAAACCAGCUCUUCCCUUCCACAACAGAACAACAAGACAAAGCCCAACCAAUUCAUUCACCUUAUCUGUGGUGCAAGGGGGUCUUAAAACUCUUUGUUGGCAAUAAUAGAUGAAAAUAUUUUUGCUGAAGGGUUGCAGGCUUGGGGAGGGCAGCGGUUUGCAGCCCUGCUCCUGGUGGUCUCUCCUGUUCUUCAGUGGACAGCUGGAGGAGCAAGUCUCCUCCUGUCCAUCAAAGUAUGGUUUCGAUGUCUGUGUUUAAAAUACCUCUGCCCCGGUCCCCAUGGCAUUCCUGCUCACAGGGGGAGGGGGCUGCGCUGAGACCCCUCCCUAGGGGGGCAUGGCCGAGGGGAGCCCGGCUGUGCCCCUGCUCCCAGGGGAUGGGGAUGCCUUUGGCCCCCGGGUGCUCACUGGUUUCUUCCAACCGUUUGCGCUGCUGAUUUAUUUUAUCAUGCACAAUAUACUUACAGAGAGGGGGGGAAGGGUUUUGUUUUACAGCAAGCGUGGCGAUGUGGCAAUAAAUGCUGUUAUAGCUACUUGUACCUUUGGAAGUGUUUUUUCCCACCCAGGCUGCCCUAUGGGCCCCAGCUGUCAAACUGUUUCCCCAUUGUGGUGUUAUCUGUGGAGUAGUUGUGUGUAUGGAGUUUUUAAUCCGCAUUUAGCUGUGUUGUGUACGUACAGAAAAUGGUAGCAUUGAACCUCACCGGUCAAGCCUUAAUACGAGCCCAGGUGGGCUCGCGUUAGCAAAACCCCUCCGGACCUGAGCCCUGCUAGUGUCGAGUAGCAAUAACUGGGGCAGGCGGCACUGCUGAGCCUUUUCUCCAAAUCUGGUUCAAAAAUGGCUAUUUCCAUUGAAAUUGUGGUUCGUUGCCCAUCAUCCUUCUGGGCAGCCCCCGACUGGCCGCAUCCUCUCCACACAGCAGGAAAUGCUUUUGCACAAGGGCGCGUGUUCCACA